CACAACAAUGGUUGGCGGUACUUGUAAAAAACGUCUGUAUCAAGGGGCUUAGCCAUACCUGGGUCGGGAAUUCGAAAUGUCCCGCACGAUUUGAUGAGCUGUGGACGGGGCGGGCGAAUAAUAUGUUGUGGCAUUAGUUUAUUUGCUUUUAAAAAUUACCCAAAUCGCAAAGGCUGGUUUUUUUUUUGUACGUUGGAUGAGCUCGAGUAUUAGUUCAGGAAGUAUUUUUGUUUCAAACGUCUUACUGACUGCAAUACGGCAAUUCAGUGCACGGAAGUCUACUGCUAUGUUGGGAAUGUUUAGCGCACAAAAGCGUGUCGCGAAAAAAGCAAGACACAAAAUGUAAAAAUGGGAAAAACCAACCUGUGGAUUUCAAAUUGGUUGUGGAUAUAAAUAUUGACGAUGCGCUUGUGGUCGUCUUGCAAGUAGCGUCGCAUGCGCCAAAGCCCAAAACCCGUGCCUCCUGCAGCCCCUGGAAGCAAAAGGCGGUGCCGCACUAAAUGGGUAGCCCUUACAAGCGAAUGGCAUUGCCACAAGCAGUACAACUGCUUGUGGCACCCGUCUCGUGCAAUCACUCGACGGCGGUUGUCGACACUUAAGAAACGCAAAGCGGGAAUUUUAUCCAGGGACUUUAACUACCGUAAGUGCAGUAACACCUGCCAUCUGGUGAGAACACGAUCCAAAAUUCCUUUGUGGAACAAGUCCAAUGUUCCAUUUUCUUCAGAACUUUUUCUUUUCAAUACUUCUUUCUAGGUAGUAAGUAAUUGGUAGAACUAAAAAUAAUUAGUCAUUAGUUCUUUAUACAGUGGGAGGUUAGUCUGCCAGAAACAUGGUGGCAUUGUUAUCCAUUGUAGACGAGACAUUUAGCCAGUGCUGUACAACUGUUAGCCUGGGGUCCUUUUCGUGCGUCGCGCAGUAGUGACGCCCGACCGCACUCCUGUAGGAUGCAAAUCCAGAUCAAAACGGGCAGGGGUGGGGAUGGAACACUGGAACAACUAGCAAGUACCGAAGCCUAUGGUAGGGGUACAUGGGUGGUAGUGGAAGUAGAAGAAGAGGAAUGUUCCGACCCCAACCGACCUGCAACUGGCGGUUGUCCUCGGUUCAUCCCGAAGACGAGACUGCAGGCCCUGCAAUUCCCAGCAGCCCCCCUCUUCGAAGUGACGAUGCUCGGCUCCUCGACGCCCACGUCCUGCGAAGAACUUCCUUUCGAGAGCACGAGGAAACCGUCGCGAGUAGGCCUGCGGGCGGUCCCUUCGCCGUGGGCGUCGGCCCUGCCUCCCACGGCCCCCGAUUUCGCCUCUCUGCGGACUGCGGCCGCAAGGGAAGGCCCGAAUACGGUUUUCCAGGCCCGCAAACCCCAGAGCGCCAAGCGUGCAAUGUCCGUCGGAUGCCAGGUCGUCUUCUCCUCCCAGGAUGUUACGACGAGCACGUUCUAUUCGCGAACCAGCGAGUCAGAAACGUCGGUGGAAGUGUGCCCCCACUGCCUGCGGGAGGACCAGCUGCGAAGUCCACGGUUCCCGGGCUGGCCAUUGCCGUGGUUCUCUCUGCCCAGGCCGCAGUUCCCGUUCCCCGCCGGUUCGCUCUGCACAUGCGCCAGCCCAAUCUCGGCUCUGUUGCCGCCUCCGCACCCGAACUACGGACCGCCGAACCUCCCGUACUUCCCCUCACUUCCGAGCUAUCCGUUCUGCUACUACCCGCAGCAUCCCAUCGUGAUGCCAUUCGACGUCUGGUUCCACUCGAACCCGAGCACUGAAGAGGGUCCGGCCAUCAUGGAAUGUGUGGUAGAGCCGUUCGAAGGUGGCGUUCUGGACGAGGAGGUUGAUCGCAGUAUGGGAAUUCAGAAGGAUAGCCCGCCUUCGAAGACUACGUCCGUCGCAGCCAUUGCUGCCGGCGGGUCUGCGGAUGCGCCGAGCAGCAGAGCCAGUGAUUCUGGACUGCCGGAGGCAAGGCCGAAACCAGCUGGAUGUACUCCAAAGAGUGCCAGCCCGGCGACCCGAGGUGUUGAGCUUCUUUCGGCAACUGUCGAGGGUGCCGGGGAGUCGGACAAGACUAAGACCGCUGCAGCGACACCUUUGGAAGUCCAGAAAGACGAAGCUGCCGGAAGCACGGGGUCACCAGCUGGCACGGCAUCCGGCGUCGACUCGAAGCCAACGGAAGAGCGGCGUGAGGGGGGAAGCACCGGUGCGAGCCCGCCUCUAGAAGCGGCAACAAAGGCAGCUGAAGUGCCGGGCUCCGGAGCGUCGAUCGAGCGUUCCAGCGCAACACCGAAUGGCGUGCCGGAACAGGCUCUGCAAGCGCAGGCUGCUCAGAAAACUGCGGAUCCGAAAGUGAACUUUAAAAGUCCCGGUGUUUCCAAGCCAACUUCUUCGAGUCUGGCAGAAAGCGACCUCACCUCGAGCACUGUCACGGCUGUCAGUUCACUGCCGGGGGACGCAGGCGGCGGGACGGAGCAACUGGAUGCAAGUCCGGACAAAAGCCCAGGCACAUGCUCGCCCGACGCCUCCCCAGACCCGAAGGACGAGGACGUUGCAACCAGCCCCACCGUCGAAGAGCACGAAGUCGACAUGGAAACGCAGGAGGAGAGUCUGGCAGAAGCAGAGGAAGACGAUCCACUAGCCGAGACCGAGCUUGGUGCGGACGUCUCCAAGAAGGGAAGAUACACCAGGGCUGGCAUCAUCUGUGCAAUGGUUAUGCUUUCCUUGGUGCUUCUAUUCAUCGUCUAUGGCAUUGCGGCACCCGGCUCUGCGCAAAAAGGACGAAUUCUGGGCACGACGCCCCUCUUCGUCGACGUCGAUGUCGGGGGCAACGAGUCUGAGGCAGUCGCCGUUCAAGACGAACUGCAUGUCAUCGACAUUCCGCUCGACUUCUGAGCGGCCUAACCGGCGUAGGGUCAACCGGAUGUUGCCAACUAAGAACCUGCUGUUGCCAACACUGGGCUCAAUAUUCUAGAGCUGUUUUAUCAAAGGACAUGAUAACUAUAUAGCCAAUGUUAUAGAUUAACCAAUUUUUGUUCGACAACAGUUCAUUGUGAACCAUUUUAUACAAAGAUCAAGCCGGGUCAACCGUUUGCAUUGAUUACACUCGGCAUCAACUAUCUUGUGCUAUGUUGUCGAGGCUAUUGUAGCUUCAGCAAUGCCGCAGCCCCGCACCAUUGCAAGCACAAGUGUUUGCGUUUCGUAUGCACGUGCUCUCGUGCAAAUAGGUUUGGCAGCGUUGGUGCGACUUGGGGUUAUGCUAGCCUUGACAUGGCAGCACAAAAUAGUUGACGCUGAAUAUAUACUAGGGUACUCAAGAUCAAGGAGAUGCAGGAAAGAAGCAAAAGCAUAACCCCGACGGUUUCUUUCAUCGCUUACAAGUUUCCUCUGUUUUGGGUGUGUAGGCUAUUUUAAAAGGGGCUGAUUACUUAAGCUCUAUGAAGAAAUAAUUACCAUAGGAAUACUUUGAUUUGGGCACCCAUGAAUAUACCUAUGCCAAAACUUCUGUGGUGAUUGCGUACAAUAAAUGUUAUUAACAACC